UUUUAAUAGUUGUAUUUAGAUAAAUAGAUAUGAAAUAUACACGACUUUUAAUAUCAGGGACUGUAAUUGUAACGUAUUUACUUAUUUCAUACAUAAGAUAGAUAAGCUAAGAAGAAUUUCAACUAUUUUAUUAUGAUGAUGAUAAAUCGUUUUCAGCAAAAAAUAAACGUAAUCUUUAGUCAAUCAGUUUAAUGACAUCUACUUGUGCAGAUUAAGAGGAUCUCACAAAUUAACCAUAUAUCUCAGAUUAUCGUAACGCAGUCACUAAUAUGGAAAAUUUAAGAGGUAGUAAUAAAGCAUUAGAUGCUAUGAAAAAAGAUUAAGACUGGAAUUCCUAUUUAGAUAGUUUACCAGCUGUUUAUGUUGGCUUACUUAUUGCAGGCAUAAUAGCUUUUAUUAUAUUUUUUGUCGAAUCUAUGCAAGUAUUUUGCUAAAGUUGCAUCUCUUGUUUCAAAAGAGAUGUUGAAAAAGAACCAUACGCUAACUGGUCUAUAUGGUGUUCAGUUAUUUCUGCUAUAGUUGCUACAAUUAUUUUAUUUGGAUUUAGUAUUGCAGGAAUACAAACUAAUAAAACACUAAUAAAAUCCAUGAACAGAGGUAUCUGUUAAAGUUUAACUAUGGUCAAUCAUCUUGUAUCAGGUUAUCCACAGUAAAAUUGGUAAGGUGUUGAAACGAUUGAAACAUAAAUUCGUAAUAUUGGAAAUGAGUUGCUUGCAACAUAAAAUGUUUAUUUAACAACUUACCAAAAUACAGCAUUUUUGUCUAACCUUAAUAAUCUUCAACUAGAAAUUUAGAAUAUGCAAACUCUAAGCUCAAAUUAAGUUACUUUGCCUAACCCAAAUAGAGUUACCCCUAAAUAAGUGCAACCAGAUAUCAUAUUUAUCUUAGGUUCUGUUGGAGUGCUUGAUUAAACGAAGGUUUUAGGCUCUCUAGAAUUGGAGUAUUAAACAAAAACAGCACUUUAGGGAAAUCUACUAUCUAAAAUUAGAGAUAGCUCAGCUAAUGUUGGUAAUAAUGCACCUACUAUAAAGGCAGCAUUUGAUUAAGGUUCUUAAUAAGUAAAUAGCUUCAAAACCAAAAUAGAAAACUUUAAAGCUCUUGUUGAAAAACAGAUGACAGAUACCUAAAAUGCAGCCUUAUUUGUUUAUAACGGGGGAAAUGCAAUAUUUGGAUUACUUAUAGCAUUUGGAUUACUUGGACUAUUAUCAAUUACUCUUAUACUAUGGUGUAAGCUUAGCUUUGUAAAAUAUGGAGUUUAUAUUACUUGGUGUACUGUUUCAAUUCUAUCUAUUGUCAGUUUUGCUGCAGCAGCUAUAGGAUAUACUUAAUCUGUAGGUUUAAUGGAAAAUUGUGAAGGUUUGCAACUUUUGGCAACUGAUUCAACAUAAUUUGAUUCUUUAAUAAAUUUCAUUGGAACUCCUUAAUUAAAGACUUGCUUUUUUGGAGAUGGCAAUCUUUCAAGUAUGUUUGGGUUGUAAUAACAAUUUUUAAUGAUUAACGAAGUAAAAAAUGACUUAAACAAUAUAGAUACAAACGCUUCCUUAUUUACUUCCAAUCUUAAUACAAGAUAUAUUUAUCAGUGGUAAAAUUAGCUAAGCAGCUACAUUAAUUAUUCUCAAGAAUCUGUUUAAUUAUCCUCAGCAAAUGGUUUUAUGCAGUUCGAUUUACCUUCUUAAAGUUUAGAUCAACUUAAUAGCUGGUCUAAUUAUGAUUACUCGCCUGCUGAUGGAAGCCAAAAUAAUUAAUUCUCUUUAAGUUGUGGAGCUUUUUCUCGUGAUACAAUUGUUUACACCUAAUCAUUUUGUCCUGCUAGCAGUGUCCUUUGUGUAAAUGCUCUACCAAUAAGUUAACCUUGUUGUAUACCACUUGAUAAUCCUACCUUUACUUAAUAGUUUAUUGUUAACAGAAUGAAUCUAAUUACAUCUUCUUGCGCUAAUUUAAAUACUUAUAAAGCUUAAUAUUAAGCAUUUUUUAAUGUACUAAGUACUUAUGUAAACCAACUUAAUACCAUCUUGAAAAGUAAUGUUAAGCCAGCUUUUGAUUAAUAUUAAACUGAUUCAAAUUCUUUUUUAACUUCCUCAAACAAUCUAUAUUAAAGUAUAAAUACUACGUUUAGAUAGUAGACAAAAAAGCUACUAGAUAUGGUUUCUGAUCCUGCCAAUGGUAUUUAAAAUGAUAUGUAAUGCAAUUUCUUAGUUGAUGAUUUUAAGAAUAUGUAUUAAGGGUUAUGUCGUUCCUACAUGGUUAGAAUAUAUAAUAGUUCAGUUAUUUUGAUUGUAGUUAGUUGUUUCUCGUUAGCAGCUUAGGUUGCAUACUUCUUUUCAACAACUAGAAUGAUUAAUUAUAUUGAUAAGAAUCGUGUUUAACAAUUUGUUGUUUCUAAACAAAAGCCAAUUAUUGACCCAGAAAAGUAUCGCUCCCAUCCUCUCCACGAUUAAUCCUACAUGAAUUAAAGUGGAAUGCAACCUGGUUUUAUGAAAGAUGAGUCUGUUAUGUAUUUAAACCCAGAAUAAUCUGUAUAAAAUUUACCAGGUGAAAUAGAAUUAAAUUAAAUGAAUAAUACAAAACCAGUAAAGUAAGGAUUGCUUGAAGAUUUCUAAAAAAGAAAUACUCAAUAAAAUAUCAAUAAAAGCAAAUAAAAUAAUUUAAAUCCACUUCCUGCUCCAUCUUUUAUCGCUCCUAUAGGAUAAAAAGGAAACGAUGAGAAAAUAGUGCCAUAUCAGCCAAAGAUUAACUAAAAAAAUUAAGCUAAUGAUAAUAAUAAUGUAUAGAAUUAAAAUAGAAGCACAGUUUUAAAUUAAAAUCCUUCAUACAUUGCUAAUUCUCCUUAGAAAAGCCAAUUUAACAACCAUUUAGAUGACCAUGAUGAAGAUGAUGAAGAAGAUUUACGUAAAAUGAUGUAAAAUAAUAAUUCUAAAUUUGGAAUUCCAGCAGGAAAUAAUGUAAUCAGAUGAAGUAAAUUAAAAAUUUCUAAAUCAGUAAAUAAAUUUAUGUUUUGUUUUUAUUUUAGUAUGUUACUUUCAAUUCUUAUUAUACAUAGU